CUCUUAUUAAUGGCCUCUCCACAAUACCUGCACACCAGAAAAAAAGGGUGUAUCUCUGCCAGCUUCUGAUAAGAAUUGAGAAAGGAAAAAACCUUGAAUGCCAUUUUGAAAACGAUCAAAGAAUUUCACCUUUGGAAUCUGCUCUGUCUUCCUGGACUUUACUUGAAAGGGAAGAAAGUAAACUGGAAAAACUUCACGAAGAGAUUCGUCGCCUUAUUCAAAUCCAGGUGGUAGCAGUCCAUAUGGAACAGGGCUAUUUCAGGGAGGCUGCUGAGGCCCUCGAGAGGCUCUUCACAGGCUCGGACUCAGAGAAGCCUUUAAGGGUGAAGCUGGCAACUAUAGUUAAAGGCAAGGAUCCAUAUGUUCCUCUUCUCCAAAGCUUCAGUUACAAUCUUUUGGUAAAUAAAGUCAAGGCUUACAUUGAACUUUUCAUGAAAGAAAAUCAAACCAACUUCUUAACACAGGCAGCCACAGAAAAGGUAGAAUCUGAAGGACUGGGAGCAACAGCAUUGCAAAACACAGCUGUGAAUGUCAAUGACUGUGACAAAAGGAAUUUGGAAACAAAGCAAAGGCCUCAUUCAGGAUGGAAAACCAGAGUGGGCAGUGCUCUUCAGAGUCUGGACAGCUUGCAAAAUGUGGAAAAGAAUGGAGAGGCUUUGGUGUGUGGCCGAAGACGACAGCGAUGGACCUACAAAGAAGACUUGGAGCUGAGAUCAGGAGUAAGGGAGUUUGGAGUGGGUAACUGGGCUAAGAUUCUGGUCCACGGUGACUUCAACAACCGAACCGGUGUCAUGCUGAAAGACCGGUGGAGAACACUGUGCAGGAUUGAACAGGGCUGA